ACGUUGGUGCGUGCACAUGGUCAUGCUCGAGUUUAUAUUAUACUUUGUAUCUUAUCCCUUGGGCAAUUUACUCUGAACUAUAGUCCAUCUCUAUGUGUGUAUAAGUGAAGUGUAUACCACCACACCUUAGCUCGAUCGAUCGAUCAUGAUCUUGAUCACGUCAGUGACAGACACUGAGAGUAUACGGAGGAGAUCAUUUGGGUGUGGAAACGACCCACAACGAACAACAACAACAACGAUCACGUUAGUAACCAGGUUUGCUUUACCUUGACUGACAGGAAAUUUGAUCCAGCCCAUUGUUUUUCGCCAUCAUCGGUAUACCUACAGCUGUCUACUUCUGAAGUGAAUAUGUUCUUAUUAAGUCCUUUUUACUUCUGAUAGAAUCUCCAACAUGAACUACAUGAGCAGAGCGGCGGCCUCGGGUGGGCUACCCCGACCAUCCGAAGAAGUCGGCUACUUGAUCUACUGUCCAACUAUGGAAGAAUUGGACGACACUUGUAUGAAGGAAUUGGACCCUGAAAACGACUUCGAGAAAGAUGAUAAACUUCACUUGCAGACUGUCAUUGCACUAUCAAGAGUUAAAGAUGAAUUUGCAACCAUAAGACAGAGCAUGACAUCGAUAGCAGGGGAGUUACACUUGGAAAGGGCAUCAUCCAGCUACCAAGGUCACCAUGAAGCAAACCGUGUUUCAACAGCAGGGUCCGAACUCCAGUCCCAUGCUGCCUGUGAAACGAAGUACUUGCCUCAAUCUUCAUCUGCUGGCUUACAACAUGCUGUUGGGUUCGAUGGGAUGCAUGUUGCUGAAGAUGGGGUAACUAACACGGACAGUCAAUCAAGUUCAUCCCAAUAUCUUGGUAGAAAUAGGGUCGGCCCAUCGGCUCACUAUCUUGGAAGUAGCAUGGAGAAUCGUUCAAGCUCCUUUCAACAUAUGGGGAGAAACAUGGUCGGUCAAAUAUUAUCUCACCAUCACAUGGCGCACCUUCAAGGCUUACCCUGCAGUAAACACAGUCAAGUCAUUCGGAAAAACGCUCAACGUAGAGGUGGUAACAUGGUAAAUCCACCAACAUCGGCUCAAUAUCCUACUAGUAACCCGGUGAGUCCCCCAACAUCGGCUCAUUUCUUCUUGUAA